GUACUUGCCUGUAGAAAUUUCGAGCAUGUCGAGGAUUCCGUCGAAAGACUAAUGGCAUCAUGGCGACCGGCAAAGGAAUAGUUUUAAUUUUUCGACCUCGCAAUAUCAGAUUUAUAAGUAACAGAAAUUUUAAUAAAUUACAAUCUGAUUAUCUGUCAAAUAAUAAUGAGUGCCAGCGUUUAUUUUCCACGACUGGUCUUGGUGUCGACACGUGGGCUAAAAGUUACCAGAGUAAAUCUGAACAAUUCACGUCAUUGCGACGUAGUUUCCAUGUGUCAAAAAAUUUACAAGCUACGAGAACAAAUUACUAUGAAGUACUUGGAGUAUCAAGAAAUAGUUCGGCAAAAGAUAUCAAGAAGGCUUACUAUGAAUUAGCUAAAAAAUAUCACCCGGACACGAAUAAAAGUGACCCGGACGCGAGCAAAAAAUUCCAGUUGGUUUCUGAAGCCUAUGAAGUCCUGAGCGACGACACUAAAAGAAAGGAGUAUGACACCUGGGGAUCAACGUCCGAGCAAAUGGGAAUGGGUAAUUCUGGGUUCAAUCCUGGUGCCGGUGCUGGUGGUGCUGGUGGCCAAGGAUACGCUAAUCACAACUGGAACUUCCAGUCGACGAUAAAUCCCGAAGAAUUGUUCAGAAAAAUUUUCGGUGAGGCUGGAUUUAAGUCGACUAAUUUUUCCGACUUUGAAGAUUACGCGGACUCCAAGUACGGGUUCGGUACCGCACAAGAGGUAAUAAUGAAUUUAACAUUCGCACAAGCGGCACGAGGUGUCAAUAAGGAAAUUAAUAUCAAUGUCGUGGAUGUAUGUAACAAGUGCGAAGGAUCUAGAUGUGAGCUAGGAACGAAAGCUGUAAAAUGUCAACAGUGUAAUGGAACAGGGAUGGAAACUAUCAGCACUGGGCCAUUCGUAAUGAGAUCAACAUGUCGAUAUUGUCAUGGUACCCGAGUAUACAUUAAAUAUCCUUGCAUGGAAUGUGAAGGCAAAGGUCAAAAUGUACAACGAAAAAAAGUUAUAGUUCCUGUACCAGCUGGUGUUGAAGAUGGACAAACAAUACGGAUGGCAGUUGGCACGAAAGAAAUUUUCAUUACAUUCCGCGUAGAAAAAUCACGUUACUUUAGACGUGAUGGAGCUGACGUACACACCGACGCGGAAAUAUCACUCGCACAAGCAGCACUUGGUGGUACAAUAAGAAUUCAAGGUGUUUAUGAAGACCACACCGUUCAAAUUCGUCCAGGAACGUCAUCUCACACCAAAGUACGACUUAGUGGUAAAGGAAUGAGAAAAGUCAAUGGGGUUGGUUAUGGCGAUCACUAUGUAAACAUAAAAAUAACUGUCCCGACGUCGCUGACGGAAAAACAAAGAGCGCUGCUGAUGGCUUACGCCGAAUUAGAAUCCAACACACCUGGUACGAUCUUCAACGUCACUUCCAAAAAAGAUGGAACAAAACAGUGCUACGAUGGACCUCUGCAUCUACUAGAGCUGAUAAGAAAAGCUCUGAAUGAAUCACAGUCACAAUCGCCACUGACUGAAACCAAAAACAAUUCAAAAACCGCCGAGAAAUCUAAAGCCGGCAAUUCAAAACCUGAGGACAGCGCCAACGAUCGGCAGAUGAAGAUGAAGCAGAAGAUGCCUUGAUUCGUAUAAUAAGUAGAACAAAGAUCACUGGGACUGUAUUAUAAAAAUAAUUGACUUAUUCUCUACAAAAUCAUUUUAUGAAAUAUUUUCUCUAGUAAUAUUUUUCUUUUUUAAUAUCAAACAAUAAAUUUAUGUAUCAUAAGUCAUAAGCAAAGUAGUAAAAUGUCAAAGGUUACAUAUUUAAGAUGUACGUAAAAUAAAGCCUUGUAUGUUACUUGUUA